AUGCCGACCGAAGCUCCGUCUCAUAAUCCCUGGUUGCAACUUUAUCUUCCCAUCGCCGUCCAAGAGCCCACAUCCGCCGCAAAGCAAGCACUCCUUCACUCUAUUCUGGCUGUUUCCGCUUUCAAUCAAGCCGGGCUCCGGAGAUCGAAGGGCCAACCGUUCAGAGCUCAGGCAACAGAGCACUCAAAGAAGGCAGCACGCCUUUUAUGCUCUGGGGACUUUACAGCAGAACAAUCACGUGGCAAUGAGGUGGACAGUACAAACAAGAAGGCUUUAUUAGCGGCUGCGCUGACAAUGACGACCAUUGAGGUCUUUAGUGGCGCGCAAGAUGGAAGAUGGCACGAGUAUUUGCGAACAGCCAAGGACAUUAUCGAACGCACCGGAGGUAGUCAAUGGUGGCUUUCAGAACCCGCAAGAGCAACAUUACUUCAGAUCUUCCGGUGUCUGCGCAUAGUUUCCGAGACGUCGGGCUGGACCGAUCGCAAAGAGCGCACUCAAGGUCCAAAAAGGUCCUCUGAUGAUCCAAACAGCAAGCCGGAGGAACCGGUGGCACCUAGUCCUUAUGAGUACACCCUUGAUGUGUCGUUCGGUAUUUCCAUGAAGACUCUAUGGUGUCUCAACAAGAUUGUCGACCUAGCAGCUAUCAAAGCUGCAGCAGCACCCGGAGACUGCUGGUGGAAGGACCAUAGCAGCGACUUGUGCAAACUGGAAAAGGAGCUGUUUGAUCUGAUGGAGGACCCGUAUGCCUUUGCGAACGACGAAUCUGUUGUGAUUCCUCGGUCAACCGAUGACCAGACUUUGUACGGUGGGCAGAAUACUCCCGGGAAAAGUCCACAAGACCGUUUCCAACCCUUCACCUUUGGCGUCCCUCAAGUUGUCAGUGAAGAGAUCCGGGAAAACCAUUUGUGGGCAUUCCACUACAGUGUCGCACUAUUUUACCGGCGUGCCAUCUGUGGUGGCGGCAACAACACCACAUCUCCGGUGGCCACAGAUUCGACUGCUCAUUGCCCGUCUGGCCAGCAUCUGGUUUCGAAGGUAUUGGAUCACUUGGAGAAUAUCGACGCUCUCACAGUUGGCACUCCUGUGGCGAACACGUUAUGGCCCGGGUUCAUUGCUGCCGUUGAAGCAGUGAAUACGGAAUUGCGUCAUCGCGUGCUUGUGUGGUUUGCUCGGGCGCAGCGACAUGGGAUUGGGAAUAUAGCCGCUGCAAAAUCGUUGGUCCUUGAGGUUUGGAGGAGGCUCGACCGCCAAACUUACUACAAUCAUGACCGGAAUGAGUCGCCUACGGAACUCGGUUCUGUAGAUUGGAGGGAUGUGAUGCGAGAGAAAGGCAUGUAUAUCAUGCUGACUUGA